CCGCCCCCCCCCCCCCAACGCUCCGGGGACAGAGUCGGAGGAAGGAAGGAUGGGAAUAAGUCCUAUUUGAAGCAAGGGAGUUGUCAUGUUUGAAAGCCUGCGCUGAUGAUGGGACGCUGGUUCUCUGAGGGCUGAGGGACGGGAGGAACGUCUUCUACUCCUCUUGUGUGUGUGUGUGUGUGUGUGUGUGUCCCACAAAAAAAAGACGACUGUCUCAUGUCCAAGGAGACUGUACUUCCUCCGGAUGGGCCGGCAGGGCCAGGGCAGGGCCCUCUGCGCGAGACAAGUCCCCUGCUGUCAGCCUCACAAGAUGCUUGCGACAGCGAAUCGUCAGGAAGAACGCCGUCUCCCAAGAAACCAGCCGCCGAAAGACCGAGUCACGUGACGGAGGAGACGCCGAAUUACUGCGAGCCUGUGAGAACUCAACCCCAGACUCAGACGGUGCCCUCGGAGCCAGCCGAGGGAGACGCUGGCAAGGACCAAAAUGGCUUUCGUCACAGCAACGGCAACGGCGUCCACCCUGGCAUCGGUGGGGCCAGGGCCACGCGUAAGUGCUCCUGUGGUGCCAGUACGAGCGCCGCCGCGAGUGGGUCCGGCCCUGGUACGAGGUCAGCGGCGGCCACGACGACGGAGCAGCCCAGGAAGCAGCCGUCCACGCCGGUGUCGCAGAGGGUGCAGAGGAAAUUGAGGUCCAGCUUGUCGGUCAACAGUGACAGCAGCAGACGCAGUAAAGGCAGUUCCACAGCGUCGCAGAAACCUCCUUUACCAGAAGACUGCUGCGUCCACUGCAUCUUGGCCUGCCUGUUCUGCGAGUUCCUGGCGCUUUGCAACAUGGUGGCGACGCAGGCCUCGUGCGGCGCAUGCUCACCGGAGGCCUGCUGCUGCUGCUGCGGCACCGACGACCUGGCCGACGACUGCAACAGCCCCUGUGACAUGGACUGUGGCAUCAUGGACGCCUGCUGCGAGUCUUCAGAUUGCCUGGAAAUCUGUAUGGAGUGCUGCGGCAUCUGCUUCCCCACAUAGGGAGCGAGGCCCGCGCCGGUGGAGACGAGUGUGUCUCAUCGGGGGAUAACUGGACCAAGGAUGGAAGAAUGCCGGGAAACUGCUGCUGCUGUCACUUUGGAUUCAGCAACAGACAGAGGGAAUGUGUGUGUCUGUGUGUGUGUGUGUGUGUGUGUGUGUGUGUGUGUGUGUGUGUGUAAUGGUCGACAUAUGUGUUUGUGAAUGUUCUUUAAUGUGUGAUGACUGUUGAGUGUGUGUGCAGUAGAAGGUGGGGCUGAGUAUCGCUUUGAAAGAUGUAUUUUGACACUGGGCUUCGCCAUCAAAACCAGCGCAGCAGGAGCCGGAAGUAACUCCAGAUAUAUGAACAUGACGGUUACAUCUUCAGUGUGCAGUACGUUGUUUCUUCUAAUGGCCCAAUGAGUAGGAUUUGUAGGUUGCAGUUUGUCCUCACAGCAAUACAGAUUGUUGCCUUCACGAGGGUUCCUGUGGUGGAAAACCAACGCCAGAUUCACUCUCGUUUUGCCUCGCCAUUCAGGGCUGUGUCCGACAUUUUCUUACCUUCAUCUUGGAUGCGUGCUUGCGACCUGGCACCUGGUCACUACAUUUUUAAUGUCGGGUUGACACCCCAAAACACAGCAAAAUAAGGCAAAGGGCAGAAUCUCUGCUACAGACACUACCACCCACGUCUAGUCGGUCAUAAGUGAUGAUUAAGAGGGAUUAUUUCUAGACAUUGAAGGAAAUCCUGCUCAUUGUGCUUUUAAAAGGAACUUGAACUGGUUUUGAUGGUCCAUGUAGACCAAAGUGUUUUCUAGCUCCAUAGCUUUCACAGGGUCUGACAGUCUACUCAGUCCUAGUUGUGGUUGUCCAUGCCCCCCUUCCCUCCAUUGGGCUCAACAAUAUGGGCCUGGGCUCCGAUAGGGAACCGGCGGAGGCAAAGCUCUGCUCCUGGCCAAAGGAGACGCUGCUGCCAGGCACUGAGCUCUCCUCCACCUGCUGGAGCGUCCCACGGAGGUCGAAACAAGGAGCGAAGCCAGAUCGGCAGGUCGGUCGCUGCCAAAGGCCCCGCUGGAGUCUGAGCUGAAGGACUUUCUGGUGGACCUGCACGAUUCCUUCUGAUUUCACGCGGAAACAGACCCGAUAACAAGCAUUAAGAAUAACUAUAUAGAAAUAAACUAUCUUUUCACUGAUGAUUGUGUUUACUUAUGUAUGUCAUAUAGAGGCAUCAGUAUUUCAUUGAGAGUGUUUCAUACAGUAACUUUAAGUAUUCUCUCCUUUGCGUAAGACGUAUUAUCACAGACCGUCUUAAAGAUGUUUGUGUUACAUCAGGAUUGCUGUCUAAUUGUAUCUUAUCUUUUUAGUCAUUUUGAUGAAAACCUAAAUGAUUUGUUUACUCUGAUUUUAUUUUUCAAUACAUGUUUUUUUUAUGCUCAAAAUCUGAGGUUACAGUCUUAAAACACUGUAACACGUUUAUGUGACACUUCAUACAUUCUUAGUUGCAUACUGUAGUUUUGCAACACAGACUCUCAAAUACAAUCUACUGUAGCACUGUGGAGCAGUGGAAACUGGUGAAAUAUCAAAUAUGCAUCAGGAAAUCACAAACGCUACUUUCUAAAGCCAAAAGGAAUGAAUGUGCCUUAUUUAGGUUGUUUGUACUAUUUCAAACAUUCCUUCGAAUUGAAGUUGCCUGUCGUUACAGAAAAAGAAAAAGUGCACAACAUUGCUGAUCAGCAUUUGUUUGCUUGAAUCACGAUGGAAUGAAAACGUGUUUUAACAAUGAAUCUCACAUCGCUCCUGAUUUGUCAGUCUUUGAAUUUUUGGGAUUACUGGAAAUACAGCGCAGAUACUCAAGACAAAUGACAUCUCACUGCAAUGUAACGAUAGACAGUGUGUUUUUUUUUUUUUUUUUACAUACAUACUGUGUAAAUAUGUUGAACUUCACUCUGUUCAUGAGGGGUUUGAGAUGGAAUUAAAAACGGUGACCCUUAUGCCACAUAAGCGGCUUUCGGGUAUCAAGCCGAGUGACUCACAAUACAAAAAAAAAGGAAUCAUGAACUGUCAUGUUGAAAUGGUAAACUAAUACAGGGCAGAGGCAGUUUUCUUCUCCUCUCUUCCCCCCCCCCCCCCUCUCUCUGUUCCUUAAUUCUGUGUAUCUCGAGAUGAGUUUGUGGUGAAUCACCAGCGGAGUCAUUUUCUCGUCUCGGAGAUCCGCUUUGAUGUUGUUUCCGUGAUGAUACUUAAUGCCGGCCUUCAUUAGCACCGCUUGCUAACUGGUUACAGAGAAAUGUCCCUUCCUAACACCAAGCACGAUAAUGUGCUGUCAUGUACAGAUCGUCUUAAUGGCGCACUGUUAUCGUGUAUAAGGAGGUUGGAUAGGCACCUCAGCAGCAGAUUCUGAGCAGAAAGUAAAACCUCAUUUUCAUGUUUAUGAUUAACUCACGCCAAGAGUGUCAACAAACAUUAUAGAUAAUGUGAAGAAUUCAUCUAAAAAGAGAAACAUGUAUACAUUGCUCUGUAGCUACAGUAGUUGUCUAUUCUAUACUGUUUUGUGUUUCUCUUCCUAUUCUGUGUCCGACACUUGAUCCUUCUCAUUUUCAUCUUCAAUCUCAAAGAGAAAAGUUUUAAAGAAAUAAAACGUUUCCAAAGAUCUAU